AGGAAUGACUACCGUUCCGGGGUCUCUGGUCUGGGAGCUUGUCAAGAAGAACAACUGCUUCCUGAUCAAGCAGUUCGGCAACAGCAACGCCAAGGUGCAGUUCAGCAAGGAGCCCAACAACCUCUACAAUGUCCACUCCUACAAGUUCUCUGGCUUGGCGAACAGCAAGACCGUGACGGUCCAGCCAUUGGCCGGAGAUGACAAGGCAGUUGUCCUGUCCACAACCAAGACCAAGAAGCAGAACGCCCCUGCCAAGCUCCAGCACAAGAAUGUGAUGCGCAAGGAGUUCCGCAAGAUGGCCAAGGCUGUCAAGAACCAGGUUUGCAACAACUAUUACAGGCCAGAUCUGACCAAGCCGGCUCUUGCAAGGCUGAGCUCUGUGUACCGCAGCCUCCAGGUGUCCAAGUCUGGCAUCAAGAAGAAGAACAGGCAGCCAACUAAGCUGUAAAAUGCAUUAAGGUUGCUUCGACUGCUUGAUCAGUUUUGAGUCUUAUGUGGAGAAACCAUGUUUACAAACCCGCCCUAGUUUGUGCUCUGACAGUGUUAGAAUGCUUUGUGUCGACCUAUAAUUAUUGUUUGUUUUGCACUGACGAUGGCUCCUUUUGUCUUUAAACUUGUGCUCAUGGUAUUCUGCUGUUCGAUUUGGACCCAA